CAGUGGUUUGGCUGCUCACGUGGCUUGCCAGUAUAAAGCUGGAUGCGGGAGCUGGGCUGCCCAGCUCAGAGCUUCCCUAUCCUGGGAGAAGAAGGGAAGGAAGGAGGAAGGCACAAGCGAGAAAAAACAGCAGGGAAACGGAGGAGUGAAACGACUUGGAUAAACAUGGAGACUUCCUUGAUGCACAGCUCUGAAAGCAUGUCCAAGGACCUGUCAGAACUGUUGAAGGAAGCUACCAAGGAGGUGCAUGAGCAGGCAGAGAACACGCCGUUCAUGAAGAACUUUCAGAAGGGGCAGGUGUCUCUCCACGAGUUUAAGCUGGUUACGGCAUCCUUGUACUUCAUCUACUCUGCUCUGGAGGAAGAGAUUGAACGGAACAAGGAUAACCCAGUUUAUGCCCCUGUGUACUUUCCAGUGGAGCUGCACCGGAAAGCUGCCCUGGAGCAAGACUUGGAGUACUUCUAUGGCAGCAACUGGAGGGAUGAGAUCCCAUGUCCUGAGGCUACUCGGAAAUACGUCGAGAGGCUCCACUACGUAGGCAAGAACCACCCAGAGCUUCUGGUGGCCCAUGCCUACACUCGCUACUUGGGAGACCUCUCUGGAGGGCAAGUGCUGAAGAAAAUUGCCCAAAAGGCCCUCCAGCUGCCCAGCACUGGGGAAGGGCUGGCUUUCUUCACCUUCGAUGGGGUUUCCAACGCCACCAAGUUCAAGCAGCUCUAUCGCUCCCGAAUGAACGCCCUCGAGAUGGAUCUUGCCACUAAGAAGAGAGUCUUGGAGGAGGCCAAGAAAGCAUUCUUGCUAAAUAUACGAGUGUUUGAGGCACUGCAGGAGCUGGUAUCUAAGGGCCAGGAAAAUGGUCACCCUCCGCAGCUGAAGGCAGAACUUCGCAUGAGGAACGUUAACAAAUCAUAUGAGCACGGUCCAGCACCUGGGAAAGAAAGCGAGAGGACAAACAGGAGGCACACAGACAUGAUGCCCACCACUCCCCUGGUGCGGUGGAUCCUGGCGCUCGGCUUCCUAGCCAUGACAGUUGCCGUGGGCUUAUUUGCCAUGUGAUGGAGCAGGAGCUUCACCUUCUCUUCGUGCCUUCCCUCAUCCUGAACUAAUCCACCUUCCCCACUCUUUGUGAAAGAAAUUUCCUCACCGGGUACUGUGAUCUUGGCUCUGCCACUAAUAUUAGGAGACUUUUUCUCCCCAGAAUCAGAGUGCUGUAAGGGGGGUUCAGGCAAAGUCUCCCUCAUGCUUGGUGUGAGCUCUUCUCAGAGACUAACUUUAUCAGCAAAGGGUAGAAAGGGCUAAAAACAAUGGCCAAGAAUUGUUGCUUUACAGAGUGCCUGCAAAAACUUCUACAGGAUCAGAAAUGCAGCUUUGACAUCUGUCUCUCCUCAGAAACACGAAGCUCCCUGGAGCUAUGUUUGCUCUAUGUUUUAUACUGUUAGAUAACACUGUGAUCACUUUUCCUGUGGAGCCGCAUGGCUCCCGUGGGUUAUAGACUGUUUUAUAUGACACGAAUAGGUCUUUUGUUAAUUCCUUUUUCCAAUCAUUUUUGUUUUCUAAGAGAGAAGCAGAACGCGGUUGUUGAAGAUACACUGUCAUUAUCUUAUCUGGUGAUGUAAUUUAUACACAUAAUAAACUUCAAUUUAAACUCUUCA